AUGGCAGUCUGCACCACCUGCUCCAACCUUCGGCCUCAAAUCCUGUCAACCCUGCCAGUGGGAAAAUGGACCGGUCUGUUCUUCACCGUCUCAGAUCUCAAGUCUUCAAUCGCGACAACCUCGUGCGCAGAGUGCAGGUUGAUAUGGGACGCUUUAUCAUAUUACAAAAGUUCUUGGGAUGAGAAAGACCUGACGCAAUAUAUCGAAUUGAAAGUCGCGGUGGGGAAGCAAUGUCAGGUGUUUUGGAGGAAGGAUGGGGUGUACGUGGAAUUAUUUUCUAGGAGAGUGGGAGAGAGUGUUCCAGAUGUGCCCGAUACGAUUGGAGCUGUGAAGGAAGUAACUGAAGAGUCCUCCUCGGAUUCAUGUUUCCAGCUCGCGUCAUCUUGGCUGAAGACAUGCGUCGACUCCCACCCGGCUUGCAGUUCAGAGACACUAAAAGCUCUUCCGACUCGUGUGUUAGAUGUCGGCGUAGCUGGGACAAGAGAUCCUUUUCUAGUUGAAUCGCGAGGGCAGAGUGGAGAAUACGUCGCACUAAGCUAUUGCUGGGGAGAUCCACGCUUUCACAACGUUCUGAAGACGACAGCCGACACGUACGAGAAGCAUCUUGAACGCAUCGCUUUUAACGCUAUGCCGAGGACUCUACAAGAUGCAGUGACAAUCACCCGUCGACUAGGACUGAAAUUCCUCUGGAUUGAUGCCCUGUGUAUCAUUCAAGGCGACCUAGACGAUUAG